AAAAUACAAGUGCUCUGUUAAGUAUUGUUUGAUCCAUGUUACUAUAUUUCGUAACGUCUAAUAUUUCCCCAUUCAUUAACAGCACAAAUUUGAAAGCGAAUAUACGUUCAUGUUUAGUCAAUGAUUAUUAUAAAGUUUAAACCCACACUUACUUGGCAAUGCUUGAAUGCUGGCCAGGUGAAACUGAACUGAAGUUUGAACUUUGACAAUUCACUAGUUUUCCCUAAAUAAGGAAUCUUGGUGACAGUUGCAUCUGCAUACUCAGUCAUUAGAUUGCUGACUAAAUACUUUGCAGAACAAUGAAAUCCACCAUUGUAAACAACAUCACCCAGGGUGGUAAUGAGUCAGGCACUGAGAUACCUGUGAAUCUGACAGCAAGCGGCAACAUGACGAGACAGGAAUCGGAGCAGGACCUAAAAGACUUCUACAUCGGUCUCUUCCUGGCUAUUAUGUCGAGCCUUUUCAUUGGCACAAGCUUUAUUUUCAAGAAGCUGGGAUUAAUGCGUCUUGCCAAACAGACGUCAAACAGAGCUGGUGCUGGUGGUUAUGGUUACCUCAAAGAAUGGAUGUGGUGGGCUGGAAUGAUCUUAAUGACUGUUGGAGAGUUUUCUAAUUUUGCUGCCUAUGCAUUUGCCCCAGCCACAUUAGUUACUCCCCUUGGAGCCCUCAGUGUUCUUGUUAGUGCUAUGCUGGCAUCACGAAUACUGAAGGAGCACCUGAACCUGCUGGGUAAGACUGGCUGUCUCCUGUGUAUUCUCGGCUCCACGGUCAUGGUCAUCUCCUCGCCCAAGGAAGUCGAAGUGGCCAACAUGAAGGAACUCAAAUCCAUGCUUGUCGCACCAGUGUUUAUAGGGUUUGCUGUAUUAGUGGUCAUUAUUGCACUUGUGGCAAUAUUCUACUUUGUUCCUCGCUAUGGCAACAAGAACGUCCUGGUUUACAUUACUAUUUGUUCUGUCCUCGGCUCCUUCACGGUGAUGGGCUGCAAGGGAUUUGGAGUUGCCAUCAAAGAGACAUUCCGUGGCAGGAACGAAUUCAAUAAUGAGCUGACGUACCUGCUUCUGUUGGUUAUCAUCAUAUGUAUUUUAAUUCAGCUCAAUUAUUUAAACCGUGCUCUGGACAUUUUUAACACGGCAGUGGUGACACCGAUAUACUAUGUGUUUUUCACCUCCUCUGUGAUAGCAGCUUCGUUGAUUUUGUUUAAAGAGUGGGGAAACAUGACCGGCGACAAAAUACUCGGUGAUAUAUGUGGCUUCGCUGUGAUCAUUGUGGGGAUAUUUUUACUAAAUGCUUUCAAGGACAUGAGCGUAACUCUUGCAAACCUACCCAGUGUCAGAAAGGACAGUGUGCCAAAUGGUGAUCUGUCACACAACAACAGAGACCGAGAACUGCUGUUGAAAAAUGAAGAAACCAUAAACAUGGAUAGUGUAACAGUAACCGAGUAUCGUGAUGAUUCCACUAGGUAUGAUUUGAACUGAGUGAUAUGAUGAUUCCACUUGGUAUGACUUGAACUGACUGAUAUCAUGAUGAUUCCACUAGGUAUGACUUGAACUGAGUGAUAUCGUGAUGAUUCCACUAGGUAUGAUUUGAGCUGAGUGAUAUCAUGAUGAUUCCACUAGGUAUGACUUGAACUGAGUGAUAUGAUGAUUCCACUAAGUAUGACUUGAACUGAGUGAUAUCGUGAUGAUUCCACUAGGUAUGACUUGAACUGAGUGAUAUCGUGAUGAUUCCACUAGGUAUGUUUUGAGCUGAGUGAUAUGAUGAUUCCACUAGGUAUGACUUGAACUGAGUGAUAUCAUGAUGAUUCCACUAGGUAUGACUGGAACUGAGUGAUAUGAUGAUUCCACUAGGUAUGACUUGAACUGAAUGAUAUCAUGAUGAUUCCACUAGGUAUGACUUGAACUGACUGAUAUCAUGAUGAUUCCACUAGGUAUGACUUGAACUGAGUGAUAUCAUGAUGAUUCCACUAGGUAUGACUUGAACUGAGUGAUAUCAUGAUGAUUCCACUAGGUAUGACUUGAACUGAGUCUGAAAUUGUUAUUUUACGUUGGUCACCAAUUAUGCAAAUUGAUUUAUUAUGACUUGUUGACAUUGUUGUUGAGCAGCAUUUGUACAGCAGAACAGUACUAAAAAAAAAAAAAAAAAAAAAAAAGGAUCAAUCUUAAUUUUUUAGAUUCUGCAAUCACUGUUUGUAUUGGAAGAACAUGAACUAUGAUAAUGUAAGCAACUGAAAAUGAUGUGUCAGUAAUGGCAUAGUGCCUAUCGCAUUACAUUCUUUAAAACGUAUAUAUAGAAUGUAUUGCUUUUAAUGCAAUAUAAAGUUAACUGAAUAUAAAGUUGUGUUUUGUUAUAAACACAACAUAAUUUCCUUAAUUAUUUUUGAGUUACGGGUUUAUAAAAGGUUGUUUGAUGAUGUGACAAUGAACUUUCAUAUAUGACAUUAUUUUUACAUUCAUAUAUGACAUUAUUUUUACAAACAGCUUUUUCACUAAAUAUCCUCAACAAAAUUGAUUAAGGUGUCAUAUUUAUGUUAGCAAAUUUUGAUCACAGAUGCACAGUGAGUCUUUUAACACAUUUUUAUUACCACAUUUAAAGAAAAAUCCCAAAAUAUCUAAUGGUCCUUAAUUAAUUUUGUUGAGUAUAUAUUGAUCAUCAUUUCAAAUAAAAGAGAAAAAUAAACAUAAAUAUAAUUCCCCCCCCCCCCCUCCCCCCAAUAUUGUAUUGUAGAAUAAAAACAAUAACUGAUUAAUGAUAUUGGCUUUUAUCCUGUUCAGCCAAAUAUUGAACUUUGGUUGAAGGUCCAUGUAGAGUUCAUAUUUGUAAAGUGCACAGGGUAAACUGAUGUCAUACACUUUUUAUCGGUUAUUCUGUCAUUAACACAAAUGUUAAAUGUCAGGUCAGGUCAGGUCAUAGAGUUUAAUGUGCACAUUCAGAACAAGCUGUUGUAACGCAUCCCUGUCAUGGGUGCACGUGUCUGCCUAGGCCACCACCUCCGUCCAGGUAGGGGAGAAGGGACUGCCGGUGCAGAGGAUAAUUCCUGAUUUGUUUUAUUCGUUGGUAAUUGUAAUAAUUUGUUUACUGUUGUGUAUUUGAGAUACACUCACCAUGAAAGUAGGGCUUUUGUGUUUGGUUAAAAUUUGAACUUACAAACAUAUAAGUAUAGUGUUUUCCCUAGGAAUUUGGCAAGGUAUGGUAGACUAAACACUUUUGGGGCAUUUUCACCAUUUUCAGAGCACUUUUUUUUUUUUCAUUAAAAAUAAAACAAAAUAAAUUGAAAUAAAAAUAAAUAUAAUUAAUAUGCUUGCUUUAAAAUUAUUAAUUGUAAAUUUUGUUGGUGUUUUAUAAAGGCACUUUUAGAAUGAUUAAAAAUGGCUUGUUUAAUCUCAAGGCAGCAUGGUGCUGAUUAAGGCAAGAUGGCUCUAGACUACUGAGGCAUGCUAAAAUAUACUAGGGAAAACAAUAAAGUAUCAUUAUUUAGUGGGGAUCUUUCAUGCUAAAGCUUUGCAAGGAGAAUGUUAAUUCAAAGUUCAUUUGUCCAUCUUCAGUAGACAUCCUGGCCUGGUGCUUAUAAAACUUUUAGAGUCCAGACUCGAGACUCUAAUAAAGAGUCUGAGACACUAUUGUCAUGACAACGCCAUACAAAUUGUAUGCAUGUGAUGUCAUUUGAGAUUGAUUCUGGACUCUAAAAGUUUUAUAAGCAUGGGCCCAGGUUUGCAAUUCAGUUUUUGUCAAACUAAAGUAAUAAGUUUAUUUCUGUAGUAAACCAGUAUUGGAUAAAAAGUCAAGAGAUUAUACAAGAGACAGUGAAAGUAGCUGGUGGUCCUCAAAGCUUGCUAAGGUGUGUGUACAUUACAUGUACAUGUGCAUAUACUGUUAUCCAUGCAUUGUAUAUAACAAAAAUAUAUGUAACAGUUGCCAAUUAAUGUGCAAGUUAUUAAAGGUUCAUUUUUAAA